UCCAUAAUAAACAUUCACAUUUUCAAAGCAUUGGUUUAACAAUAUACUCACUAAAAGCUGUAUACCCCCGAAUGCAAAACAGAUUACAUUAUGUUCAGUUACUGCCGUCAGUUCAACCAAUUGUCAAAAGCUCGUAGACAUGAAAACCCCUAAGCAUUUUUGUAAAUUUGCAGACAUCGUUAGAAAUUUAAUGCAAAUAUCCCGACCGACUUCUGGAUUAAAACCUUGUUAAUGAGUUGGUUAUCCUUUUUUAGAUAAUGUUUGGCCACAGAGUAUAUCAUUUUGCUACAGUAACAACCACGUUAUAAUUCGUUACAUGCAAAAUAAAUUGCAGGGAAAUCGAUCGUUUCCGGUAACCCUACACAUGAUCAGUUUCUGCUAAUGCAGUUAAUGCUCCUGGUUCCAGUCACUCUCAUAAUAUGUAUCAAUGGUAAGCAGAAUGAAUACCAAAGUUAUGAUUUAUCACUGUGUAUUAGCAUGGCGUUAACUCUGGAUAAGAGAGUAACAGUAAAUAAACAUUUGACGUAGUUCGUUAUGGUUGACAUGUUUUAACUAACUUUAUAACUUAAGCAGGUACGCUGGUGUGGGGUGAGGGGAGGAAGUAAAACGUUUGAAUUCUGGGGCAUGGCGGCACUGUCACCUUUGAUAUAGUUUGACGGUUCCAUUUACUUUACAACUGAAGGCAGAUCGCCCCACUCCGGGGUCUAGAAAUGUAACCUGACACAACCACAGGAGGUCAAUUAUAGGAAUGGAACACCAUGAUGUCACCAUCGCCAGGAAGUGGCAUUGGCUUGCGAUCUGUUUAAAACCGAGAAAAAAAUACUACAACAAUGGGAACGCUUAUGCAUGACACGACUGCACUGAACAAACUCUAAAAGGCCGAGUUACUUGCGAAUAAAACAGAGGGCGUUUCACCAAUCUGCACUCCUCCAGGAAACAUCCUGGUCACAAGGUCAGACUCGGAAGGAAAAUAUGAAGAUACGGCUGUUCCAUCCACUGUUCAAGCCUGUGACUCAAAGACCAACGGGCACUACCCCGUGUCCAGGUUGUCGAUCUCCUCCCGAACCACGGUGAUAGCUAGCAUGGACAGUUGCCCCCAGACAUCGCCUACAGUCAUGAAGUGGAAGACGGUGCUGGCCAUUUUCGUGGUGGUUGUGGUUUACCUGGUGAUCGGAGGCACAAUCUUCAGAGCUCUGGAAAAACCUUUCGAAAGCAAGCAGAAGGAUAAGAUCGCGGAGGAGAAAUCCAAAUUUCUUCGAAAUCACCCCUGUGUGAACUCCGGGGAGGUUGAUGAGCUGAUUGAGCAUGCAAUUGAAGCUCUUGGUGCAGGAGUAAACCCUGUAGGUGACUCAACUGACAAUACAAGUAAUUGGGAACUUGGCAGUGCAUUUUUCUUUGCUGGGACCGUGAUAACUACUAUAGGCUAUGGGAAUAUUGCACCCAGUACUCAUGGAGGGAAAAUAUUCUGCAUUUUAUAUGCAUUAUUUGGCAUUCCACUUUUCGGCUUUCUAUUAGCAGGGAUUGGGGAUCAAUUAGGCACAAUCUUCGGUAAAAGUAUUGCAAGAGUGGAGAAAGUAUUCAGAAAAAAGCAAGUGAGUCAAACUAAAAUACGAGUCACCUCCACAAUCCUUUUCAUUUUAGCGGGUUGCCUUGUUUUUGUGACUAUCCCAGCAAUUAUUUUUAAACACAUCGAAGGAUGGACAACGCUGGACUCCAUCUAUUUUGUUGUUAUCACCUUGACGACAGUAGGAUUUGGUGACUAUGUAGCAGGUGGAAACAUAACUAUCCUUUAUCGAGAAUGGUAUAAGCCUUUGGUCUGGUUCUGGAUCCUGGUUGGCCUGGCUUACUUUGCGGCUGUCCUCAGCAUGAUUGGAGACUGGCUGCGUGUGAUAUCCAAGAAAACAAAGGAGGAGGUUGGCGAGAUUAAAGCCCAUGCUGCUGAAUGGAAAGCUAAUGUGACAGCAGAAUUCAGGGAAACUCGAAGGCGAUUAAGUGUGGAGAUUCAUGACAAACUUCAGAGGGCAGCAACAAUCCGGAACAUGGAGCGAAGGCGGCUUGGCUUAGACCAGCGAGCUCAUUCCCUGGACAUGCUCUCCCCUGAGAAACGGUUGGCAUUUGCAGGUCUGGAGACAGGCCAGUUCAAAGCAUCAUCUCAGGAAAGUAUAAAUGGCAAUGCGAACAAUCUGCAGCAGAAGGAGACAAAAUACGACAAGCACAUGCAAGGAGCGUCAGAAGACAAUAUCAUCAAUAAAUGUGGAUCUUCUUCGAGAGGAGUCAAGAGAUACAAAAAUAAAGAACUUAAAAGAGAAAUAGCAGAGGAUGUUAGAAAAAUAUAUGAAACGUUUGGGAAUUGUGCAGUGGAUCAAGAGAAAAAGGAUCAUGAAGAAGCGAAAGAAGGCAACCCAGAUGUUCCAGCUAUAACAAGUUACGUUCAGCACCCAGAGGCAGAGGAUGAUGGGGUAACUAAUGAAACCAAAAAUCCAGAGAACAGGAACUUACUUGAAAAGAAGAUAUAAAGUUACACAGCGAACAAUGUAAUAACUUUGAGGAUUUUAAAAAUUCUUGACAUGUGCCUUAUCAUUUUCAAAAUGUGAGAAAGUUAUUUUAAACACAUGCAUGGUCCAUGGAACCUUUAUUGUGCCACUGUGAUAUAAGGGUUUCACUACCAAAUAUCAAACUUCAGCUGUUUGAGCUAUGACUGUGUGCUUUGAGAAGGACUAUACAAACAUGGGGAAAAUGUUAAGAGGACCUAUUGCUCAUUACCAAUGCAGUAUAUUUUAGGAAGGAAGUGGAUGGCUCGAUACAUUGUUAUCAGAUGUCCCACUUAAUCUCUGUAUAUGUUUACUACUGAGAGGAUUCACCUUUGGAAUAUUUAUUUCCUCUAAUUUAUUAUAACUGUUAUACAAUUUUUAAACACCGAUUUGUGCGAACACCUUGUGCAUCUGCUUGGCGUGUGCUGUAUGACCCUUUUAAGAUGUUACAUUUGUGAUAACGAUAAGACUUCUGUUCGCAGAACAAUGUGGCGAAGUUACAUUGUUAACAAUGUCCUUGUGUGAUUGCUAAAGAGUAACAUAAGCACUCAACGAAAGUCUGCAUGUUCACCUCUUUGUAAUUUAAUAUGCAACUUCUAAGACUAAUCUUGAUAAAUGUUGAUUUCUCAGGGCUCUCUUGUCCUGCUAUUACAAAGUUUCCUAUAUUAGGUUUUAUACAUUAUAGGGUGUUGGGAAUAAUAUUACACACAAGUAAUGAUUCAAAGAAAGCAUGUUGGUUAUACUGGUCUAUGAUCAUUCUCUUUGUUGUCUGUGAUUCUUCUGCAAUUACUACAAAUAAUUAGUAUUGGUUCUUGAAAAUUAAUAUCAAUAAAAUGAAGACAGAGCCUGUCGAAGUUAAGCAGGUAUUUUUAAUCGAUGUUUCACCACUUUUUUUCCCCUUGUUAUUAAGGCUACACCCUUGAUUCAGUCUUCCUGUUGAAGAGGCUGGUAAAACAGGUUAGACAUCCUGAAGUUGCCUAAAGUGCAGAUGUUGCAGUUCAAAAAGAUCAAAAGGAUAUUUUUCCAGGGUCAAACAUUUCUCCUCUGCAGAAUUCUUAAUUUAUAGGCCUAAUUGGGAACAGACAGGCAAAAUUCACAGGAUACCUGAUAUAUUUAUGUCAGAAAUUACUCAGACUGAAACUGGCAAUCUUGGGUAUUUACCAAGUGGUUUUAAGACACAAAAGACAAAGAGCUUGGAAAUGCAAGCUCUGAGGACUAUUCUAACUUAAACACUUUAUACACUUUAGACUCCUAAUCACACCAAUUUUCACAGACUUGGAGAAAGGGACUUAGUAAUGAGGCCUUUGUAAUUAGGCCUUCAGUGACUUAGCUGUGCAUUAGUUAAGGCUCUGGCAGUAGAAUCUGGGAACUUUCCAAACUGGGCCACUGCCUCCGAUCUUUUUUUCCCUCUAACCAUGCCCCUAGCUGCCAGAAACCAUGUACAAUCUGUUAAGGCAUUUCUAGCCUGCAUCAGUGGUGUUUCAUAUCUGUUGUUGCAAAUGUAUUUGAGAUUCUGUGCUGACUCAUCAUAGAUCCUCACCAGGAGCUGAGCCUCAGAAAGAAAUCCUGGCUGAUUUCGUGACAGUCCCAUCAGGCUAACAGAUAAAGCUACAUGAGGUCUCUGGUGAAAAUUUGGAUCCUAAAUCGUGGCCAUGUUUUUAAGCAUAGAACAAUCUAUGCCCAGCAUAUUUUGAAACGGCAAUGGAAUUAUGCAAAUAAAAAUCAAUUAAAGGGCAGAUACUGAAAAUCUGAAUAAAACCAGAAUAUUCUGGAAAU